CGCCUAUUCCUCUGAAAAAUACACGAAGAAGAUGCAGAAAGUGUCAGCUGACUGAGUGAUGUCAUGUGAUUUCUAAGCCGUGGACGCGAAAAUGGGUCGAUCUGCUGUUGGCUUUGUUUUGCUCUUUUUGAUGGUCAUCGCCAACAAAGGGUCCUCGUCUCCACUGGCUCGAAGAGAAGUGUGGGACUAUGUGGACGUUCGAGAUGGGGCCCACAUGUUCUGGUGGCUUUACUACGCAGACAACCCGUCUUUCAAAUACCAGCAACUUCCCCUCAUCAUGUGGCUGCAGGGCGGACCAGGAGGCUCGGGAAGUGGCUUUGGCAACUUUGGGGAGAUUGGACCGCUGAAUGUCGACCUACAACCCAGAAAGAGCAGCUGGGUAAAGGCAGCCAGUGUUUUAUUCGUAGACAACCCUGUGGGGACGGGCUUUAGCUACACGGAAAGGCCAGAUUGUUACGCCACCGACAUUGACACCGUGGCUUCGGACAUGCUCAUCCUCCUCAAACAUUUCUUUGAGAAGGUGGAUGAGUUUCAGAGCAUACCGUUCUACAUAUUUUCCGAGUCGUACGGAGGAAAGAUGGCAGCCGCCAUCUCCCUUCAACUCACUAAGGCUUUGGCUCGAGGGGAUGUCAAAUGCAACUUUGCCGGUGUGGCGCUUGGAGACUCUUGGAUAUCACCAGUGGACUCCGUCAUGACGUGGGGCCCAUAUCUUUACGCUACUUCUCUGCUGGACGAUCACGGCCUGAAGGAAGUCAUGGAUGCGGCAGAGGCAGUGAAGGACGCCGUGGAGCAAAAGCAGUUCCAGAAAGCUACAGAGCUGUGGUCUGUGGCCGAGACGGUGGUGGAGCAGAACACCAACGGAGUCAACUUCUACAACAUCCUCUCACAGCAGUCAUAUGACCACUUGGCCUCAUCAGCAGGAAGGAACUUUAUAUCCCUCCAAGCCAGGCGGCACAUCCACCCCCUGCAAAGCCAAACACUCAGUGAGUUGAUGAACGGAGAAAUACGAGAGAAAUUGGGUAUUAUCCCUGACAACGUCACCUGGGGAGGUCAGGCUGAGGAGGUGUUCAGCUACAUGGCGGGAGACUUUAUGAGGCCUGUGGUCAAUGUGGUCGACGGGCUGCUGGCUGCCGGAGUCAACGUGUCUGUGUACAACGGACAGUUGGACCUGAUAGUGGACACGCUGGGUCAGGAGCUGUGGGUGCAGAAGCUGCAGUGGGCGGGGCUGCCGGGUUUUAACAAGCUGAGAUGGACGGCCUUGGAUGACCCCGCCUCUCCAGGUGUCACUGGCGCUUUUGUGAAGUCCUUUAAGAACUUUGCCUUCUAUUGGAUCCUCAAAGCAGGUCACAUGAUUCCAUCAGAUCAGGGAGCAAUGGCUUUGCAGAUGAUGAAGAUGAUCACCAAGCAAGUCUGAUGCAUCCAAUCAAGUCACCUUUUUUGUACUUUCCUUUUAAACCAAAGCAAUUCCUAAUAAAGAUGAAUGUAUUUGUUUUAUACACUA